UGGUGCGUGUGACAUUGUUGUGGAGAUCUUGCAGCUCUGUAUUUCGAGUAAUGUUCUUUGAGUCAUUGAGGUAUCAUUUGAAGUUUUUCUAUUCAGAAACCAUCAAAGAUCAUGAUUCAGCGUGUUCGACCACGUCUCGUAACUUUCGACGUGACAGGAACACUGCUGAUGACCAAAUUGGAGGAGUAUUAUGCUAAUAUCGGUCGUCAAUAUGGUCUUCAUGUCGAUUCGCACCGUUUGGCGCGAAGUUUCAAGAGUAAUUUCAUCCGACUUACUGCGGAACAUCCGAUUUUCGGUCGACAUACUGGGCUAGGAUGGGAAAAUUGGUGGCGGACUAUCGUCUAUAAAGUUUUUAAGGAUCAACAUCCCUCCGUAUCUCAAGACACACUCAACAAGGUCGCCGAUAACCUGAUAAGCUGCUACGCCACCGCUCGAUGUUGGCACACGUAUCCGGGUGCCGUGGAGCUACUCGAUUUCUUGCGAAGUAAGGAUAUCAUCCUCGGAGUCAUAUCAAAUUUCGAUCGACGUCUCGAAUCUAUCCUUGAAGAUACACAGAUUCGCGAAUACUUUGUUUUCGUCCUUACUUCUUAUGACUUUGGCAUAGAGAAACCGUGUUUGCCGAUCUUCAACGAGGCCUUGAGACUUACGAUGUUGUUUCGAAAGGAGAAAAUUUGGCCCCAAGAGGCAAUGCACAUCGGCGAUACAAUUAAUAGCGAUUAUCUUGGGGCAAAAAGUGCUAGUUGGAACGCAUUAUUAAUCAAACAUAAUGAAGGUGGCAAAAUCAGUGAGGACAAAAUACCCAAAGAAGAUGUAUUUAAGAGUUUGAAAGAACUUCAAAGUUAUUUCGAAAAGAUUUUUACAAGUGGCAUCUCAAGAUGAUAUAAUUGAUGUACAUUUUUUUAAUUUAUUUUAAUUUUGUUAGAUUUAUUUAUGAUAACACUGAAUAUUAGCAUUGAAUAGAAUUUCUUGAUUUUGAUUUAUUUUAUUUGUCAUUUGAUAGAUUCUCGAUAUUUUCUAAGUAGUAUAAUUUCAUUAUUAUGCUAGUUUAUAUUUUUAAACUUGAUUUAUUUUUGUUACAAAAUUUAUUUAGUAAUAACGGUAAUUUAGUAGCGCGUGGUUUAGUAAAGUUCCUGAGAAUAAUAUGGCUUUGCUAAGGUUUGAAAAAUUCUCCAGCUGUUAUUUUAUAGAAUUUUAAAAAAUCCGCUUGCACUACAGUUUACUUUGGACCUUUGGCAUUAUGAAAAAAAUCAUGAAAGAAGAUAUUCAUUUCAAAAUAAGAAGAUUUCAUAAGAAAAUAACUUAUUUUGAAAAAUCAGUAUUUUGGCAUAUUAAAAACAUACGAAAGUGAUAUGACCAUUUUUUAUCUUUUUAAAAUGAAUUUUUUAACCAUUAAUCAAUUUUUCAACCUUUAAUCAUAAUUAAUGCAAUUUGUAAUGGAAGUAAUAAAAGUUUAUAAC